AUGCAGCCGGCCGUUGGCAUCGGUGCUACCGCCGCCCCCCUCGGCCAAAGAGCUCCCCCUCCUCCUCAUGAUACCAUUGUCCACUCACUUGGCGCCGACGACACCACCGCCGGCGCUACCGCUCCCUCUCCCUCCUCGUCAUUUCAUUCUCAACCCCCAAUCUCCACCACUACGCGCUCCUCUCCCUAUAAUCGCAACCCGACCCCGCUACUCUUCAUGAACCACACCCCACGUACGCGCGCCAACACCACUACCAUCGUCCAGCCCUCUCGUACUGCUACCACGCGUAGCACACACGCCGAACUUUUCUUCGAGGACGGCGCCCCUUGCCCCUCGGAAGACCAGCUGCAGGGUGCGGUCGAACACGUACAUCUGCUGGAAGGAAGAACCAUCCCGAGCGACGUCACUGCCGAGCAGCAUCACCGUCGACGGAACAACGGGCCGUUCCCGACCAACGACGACACUUCGUCGUCCUCGUCCGCACUCGAGGACGAGGAGAAGGACGAGUACAGUCUCGUCGAAGUGAAGAAGAAGGGACGCGGCGGGCGGAAGAAGAGGACUGCCAACAAGAACGGCAAAAGGCAAGGUAGCAAGGACCACAUCCGGCCGAGCACUGCCAACAGGAACAACAGCAACGACAACAACGACGACGACGACAACGGGUCGAUCAUCCGCAAGGGCCGCAACACCAGCAGCUCCUGCGACCGCUCUCGUUCCGGCUCGCCUUGCUGGUGGAACCUGCCCGACCAGCCCUUUUGGCCCGAGUUCAGCGGCAGCACCGCCGCCGCCGCUGACAAUCGCACGAGCGACGCCCCAUCAUCCGCCAUCGUCCCCGGCACGUUAGGCGUGUUGCCCGACACGACGGCGCCCUCCACUCCGACCUCUUCCGCCGCAGCCCCGCCGCCGCCGGUCAGCGGCCACGGCCACACGCUCAACCGCAAAACCGAACGCGCCGUCCUCCGCAAGCCCCUCCGCGUCGACACGUCCUUCGGUGACCACGACAACAACGCAGCACCACCACCCCACCGCCACCCCCGCCGCCCCUCCCUCCCCAUCCAAACCCUCUCCAACACCUUCACCGCCGCCGCCGCCACCAUCACCGGUGCCGCCGCCGCCGCCGCCGCCGCCGCCGCCCACGCGAACAACAACAACCCCAACCCCAACAAGUCCUCCACGUCUCGCGCCCACCUCGUCCACCACCGCCGCUUCUCCUGGGACGAGAAGACGACGCCACCGCUCCAACCGCCGUCGUCGUCGUUCCCGCCCCCGCCCGCCGCCACGAGCAAGAAGAACAACAUGGCAGCAGCGGCCGUGCCCCGAGCGUCCGGCGGCUUCGGUCUGCUCUCGGAAACGGCGGCGGCAGCGGCGUCGACGGACGCGGACGCGAGGUUCCAGCGGUUCGACAUCCAGGACUUUUUGAGGAACACGGGGCCCGAGAGUGCGGGGUUGGUGAGCAUGGGGAUCGUGGGGGCGGGGAUGGCGGGGACGGGGGCGGGGGGGAGGAGGGGGGUCAGUGGGGGGAGUGGGACGAGUGGAGGGAGUGGGGGUGCGGGGAGUGGUGCUGGUGGGAGGAAGGGGAAGAAACACAAGAGUGCGUUGAGGUUUUUGGGGUAUAAGCGGAGGAAGAGCUUGGCGGAGAGGGUGGGGACGGUGGAGGGGGGCCCCGGCGUGUCGCAGCCUCCGCCGGAGGCGUUCAUACCUGCCCGAGGAGUCGUGCAGAUGGAGACGAAAGGAAAAGGGAAGCCUACCAAGUAUCUCCAGAUCGUAACGAACCAGAGCUCGGCGGACAGCCAAUCCCUCGCGGGUCAGUCGUUGCUGAGUAACCCAUCACUCACCACUUCUAAGAGCAAUGAGAUGCUCUCUCUCAAACGUCGCUCUGCCUCCCUCCCCGACAAGCUCAACUCCUGUCUCGGAACCGAGCAGUUCGACACCUGGCUGUCCACCCUUGGCAUGCAACAGCAGUCGCAAACGCCGGACCCGUCGGAAAACGGUUUCGUCGACUCGGGGAAGCCCAAACCGGACGCUGCACAACACCAGCAGCGUCGUCCCCCGACUCCGUCUUCCCCCACCGUCACGGCCGUCACCGACGCAGGCAGCAGCAUCCGCCAUGCCAGCAGCAGCAUCCGACUCGUCAGCUGCAGCAUGAGUCCUGAGCCGCAACCGCAACCGCAGAAAUCCUCAGGGGGCGAGGACGACGACAGCAAGAACAACAACAGAAGCAGCAACAACAACAUCAAGACUAGCUACGCAACGCCCAUGGACGCCAAAGCCGCGCUCUUCAGCAACCCGCCCUCGUGCCUGCCCUCGCCGACGUUUCCCGGCAACACCAGUGACGGCAAGAACAACACGAACAACAACGACGCCUCUGCCUCGUCGCCCAACACCACCGCCACCCCCGGCGGCUCGGGAUCCCGCUCGGGCUCCGACGACGGCGACGGCGUGGCCACCGCCACCGCCACCAGCACCUGCACGACGCCCUUCGUGACGCCGAUGGAGGAGAUGCAGAAGCAGGUCCGUCCGCUCUUUCCUCCCGCCCAUCUCCAGCGCCGCGCGACGACGUCGGAUACGGACAACCGCACGGCGGCGCAGGUGGUGGUGGAGCGUCCGCCGCAGAGGCGCGAGAGGAAGAAGACGACGACGAAGAAAAGCAAGAAGGAGGAGAGGGAGGAGGACGCGGAGGUGGCGAGGAAGGAGGACGCGAGGAAGAGCUUGCCUUCGCAGAUGGCGCUGGUGGCGAGGGCGCAGCAGCAGCAGCAGCAGUUGUUGUUGGCGGGCCAGGGGAAUAAGCGUGGGGAGGGGCAGGAGGGUGGUGGUGGGCAUCAUCAUCAUCAUCAUCACCACCACCAUAAUCGUACAGCUGCUGUUGGAGAACAGCAACAUGUUCGAGUCGACUCGGUCAUACCGGACACGUCUUCGGCAUCCAGUUCGUCGGCCUCGUCUUCGGCCGGUUCCUCGUCGUCGUCGGCGGAGCGCGAAGAAAAGCGCGGCGCGACCCAGUCGCCGACGACACCACCCCGCCAUAGCAGCAGCAGUCGUGACGAUAAGAUCCGCACGCGUAAACUGCGUGACUUGCAGCAGCGCAGGCGGGCGAGCAGCGACCUGCUACUUCUUCACCACCGCGGUAGCAGCAGCAGUCCUCGUCAGGGCAUCGACGAGAUCGUGGCGCAGGCGACUGUUGCGAGCGGUGGGGGAGAGGAGAGGGAACUGCAGCGCCAGCGGCCGAAGUCGAUGGUUGUCAUGCCAAGCGAAGCCGAGGCGACAACGACAGAAGUCGCUGCGUUGCGGAAUGCCAUGUCGCUGAGCCCGGUGGUGACGGUGGCGGAGCAGACGCCCGAUAUACAACACACGACACCGGCACCGCGGCCGCUGCCACCGCCGCCCCCGCCGCCGUUGUCUGCGGCCAGGGGCAGCAGGUCGCAUGUGAGGAAGCCGACAGCGGAGUCGGUGCUCAGGGAAGAGGUGGGAGAAGACGAAUAUGAGGCAAAGAACGAGGACGACGAGCAAGCCCACCACCACCAUCACCAUCCUCUCCACUCGCACCGCCAUCACCGUCGCCGCAGUUCCGCGAGCCUGCUGGCCGCCGCCGUAUCGAGGAAUCACCACCACCAGCAACAGCAACCGGCGUCAACGACGACGACGGCGGCGGCGGCCAUCGGCGGAGGAGGCGCCAGCAAAGACGAUCUGGACCACCACUACCAACAGCGGCACCAACGCCUCUCCACCGCUUCCGUCUCGUCGUCUACCACCACCGGCCUCGGCCGCUCCGCAUCCGCGUCAACGAACGACAACAACAACACCAUCACCACCACCACCACCACCCGCCGCGCCUCCUCCCUCCAGUCCGCCGCCCCGGGCCGCGAAGAACAGCUGCGCGAGCUGCGCGCCCACCUGCACGCCCACUCGAGCCAGUACGGGCUGCAGUCGCACCAUCACCACCAGCACCACCCCUCGAACGGGCCGGGGAGCCACGCCGCGAUGAACAACAAAGACAGCGCACAGAACAACAACAACAGGCAGUGGCGCGACAGCGUCGCCACCAGCACGAGCAGCAAUGGCAGCAAUGGCAGCAAUGGCAGCAACGGCAGCGGCUACGGAAGCGGCCCCUUUGGAUACUAUUUCCAGAACAACAACAACGGCAACAACAACAACAACAACAACGCUGCUGUCGCUGCUGCCGCCACCAUCAUGGCCCAGCGCCUCUCCCUCUCCUCCUCCUCGUCCUCGGACGCCGCCGCCGCGAGUACCGCCGCGCACGACUCCAACAGCUUCCAGACGCCCAGCGCCAUGUCCGUCGCCCUUUCGUCUUCGGCCGGCCACCAUCACCAUCAUCACGGUCAUCGUAACGCUGACGACACGAAAGGCAGUGAUGAUCCUGCUGCCGGUGCUGGCAACAACAACAACAACAACAACGACGAGGAUGACGAUGUCGCCGCCACCACCUCGAUGCGCGAGGCGCGGCUCGAGGCCCGCUGCGAGGCGCUGGCGCGCCAGAAUCGACUGCUGGAGGCGGCGCUGCAGGCGGUGCUGAAGACGAGCGGGAUGAUGGGGAGGUGUGUGGCGUGUGCGGGCGGUGAGGGGCUGGCGCCGGCGCCGGCGGCGGGGCUGUUGUUGGAGGAGGGGGAGCAGCAGGAGCAGCAGCGAGGGGUGGUGAUGGAGGGGGAUUUGGGGACGAUGGUGGAGGUUGGUGGGGAGGAGGGGGGGAUGGAGAGUCAGAGGGGGUGA